AUGCAAUAAUUGUAAAGCUAAUGAAUUUAUUUAGCGUUGAAAUGAAGGCUGUUACUUGGCAAAAGGAUUCCCAUGGACUUUUUGAUUACGAAACCUAACUGCUCACAAUAGAAAAGCAUGUCAUAUAACAAUAGCAGAAGGUUUAUCGAUUGGGUAUGUUGAAUGCAAUAUCAUCAAAUAGGUUAAGAAGUGAGCACAUCUUCUCCAGACUCCGAAUAAGAUGAGAGCCAAUAAUAUUUGACCACAGUUCAAGAACUGGACAAUAAGUUUUACAUUAAUCCUGAGGGGUGUGAGGAAAAUGAAAACUUUUUAAUAGUUAGAAGUUUAAAAAAUAGUUAAGGAGGACAGAAAGUAUACUUGGUUUUAAUAACGAAAGGGAUAUAAAAUGGAGCCAGGAGACAUAAUAAAAUUGGGAAGAAUGGAAUACCUGAUUAUGGAAACCAAGGAUAAGGAUAACUUAGUAAAUUAAGCCUAGAGUGAAAUGCUGAAAGUAUAUCUUGAAUAAAAAUCAGGAUUAGUUUGAAUAGACUGCUUCGUAUGUUACCAACAGUUCAGCAACUUGUCGGUUUUGUCUCAUGGACACUCAGACCAUUGAGGAUCCCUUCAUUUCUCCAUGUAAUUGCAAAGGAACUUGCUAAUUCGUUCAUUUUAAUUGCAUGAAAUAAUGGAUAGAGAGUAGAUGCCAAAUAAAGCAGCUGAAUAAUGCGCAAUCUUAUAGAUUGAAAUAGUACAUAUCAUUUACAUUCGAGGUAACAAUGUGAACUUUGUGAAUCCGUGUUACCUCUGAAAAUUCAGAUGGAUGACAGAGAGCUAUCUCUGGAUGUGAUAUAGCGUCCAUCCACGCCUUAUCUUAUAAUGCAAUCAAGACACAGGAAGGAGAAGAAGCAAGGGAAAGCCGUAUAUGUUAUCUAGUUUCAAAAUGGUGAACCCAUAAAGAUAGUAAAUAUAAUUUCCAAUCAUAUAGGGAAGAGGUCAUCAAUGCGAUAUCCAAAUCUCAGAUAUUUCAGUGUCUAGAUUACACGCUUAUAUAAAAUAUUAGGAUGGUAACUUCGUCAUUCUUGACAACAACAGUAAGUUUGGAACACUCGUAAAAUUAUACCAGGCUUAUAGGAUCGAAGAAGAGAAAGUGGCUGUAUAAGUAAUUCUAUUAUUUAUCUCGAGGUGGGACGCACAGUUCUGACUUUUGUACUCAAAUAACAGUGUAUUAGUGAGAACCAUUGA